CCACCGGCCACGUUGUAGCUGGUCAGAAUGCUUCCCCGCGCCACCUUCCAAACUUUUUCCGCCGCCGCCAAACCCAAAGGGCCGAUCAUCAAACACUCAUUCAAACCCAUAGAAAUCUUUCUCUCCUCCCCUUCUUCCCCCAUCUCUUCCACCACCCAUACUCCCUCAAAAUCGAACCAUCCUCGACAACAAGAAGAAGACCAAAAUCCCAAGAGGCCAUACCAGAGUUCCUCCUCUUCAUCGCUUGCAGCAUUUGUUAUAGCCCACAAUGAACAUCUCGCAACUCAUAUUUUACUUCGUUUGCCCCCAAAAUCCCUUCUUCGCUUCCAGUCUGUUUCCAAACAAUGGCAAUCAAUCAUUUCCAACCCCACUUUCCGCCGUCUCCACUCGCGGCGUCGCCCCACUACCACUGCCUCCUGCUCCCCUCCCGGGAUGCUUUUGUUUCCGUUUCGUUUUCCCCGUGUUCUCGAUUUCAUUGCGUUCCGCCAGGAGGAGGUAAAUUCAAUGGCCAACAUCGUUUCUCACUUGAAUACUUUCCUUUACGGGCCCCGCAACAUUUUAGCUUUACAUUCUUGCAAUGGUUUAUUAGCUAUAGUGUUUGAUGUCGAUAAUCGUGAAGAAUUUGUGGUUUACAAUCCUACUACUCGGGAGUCUAAGCUUGUUCCAAUAAUUGAAACUGAACGUAGCUAUAGAGCUCUGAAUAUUGUGUUUGAUCCUGAAAAGUCUGAUCACUACAAGCUUGUUUACACAUGGUUAGAUACCUCUGGAAUUUAUGUUCAUAGAAUCUCAGUGUAUUCAUCUGAAAAUGGGGUUUGGAGGAAUACUGAAGAGACGGCUACUGACGAUUUAUGUUAUGAUAGGGGAGUGUCAUGGAAUGGUGAUCUUCAUUGGAUUGGUCCAUGGAAUUACAGUGCGUGCUUUGACGUCAGUAACGAGCGCCUUAGGCCACUUAGGUACACCAUAAGGACGCCCGAGUUCGAGGAACAUGGAGAUGAUUGGUAUUUUGGGGAGUCAGGGGGCCAUCUGUUUUAUAUUCAUCCAAAUGAGCCUUAUGGAACGCUGCUUGAUUUUUUCGAGUUGGAGUCGGAGAGGGACUGUCUUCGUUGGAAUGUCAAGUAUCAUGUUGAUCUUACUCCUUUGACUACUCUGUAUCCACAGAUGAUAAAGGAGGAAUAUGAUCCCACGUUCGACGAGCCAUGUGCAUUCUAUAUAAUUGGUUUUCUUGUGGAUGACAAAGAGAAGAAAGCAACGCUUGUGAUAUCACUUGCUGAUAAAAUCAUUUCUUGUGAUUUUAACAACUUGACUUUGAUGGAGCUUGCUGAUGUGGAGGUGGAUACAAAUUAUGGUUUUCCUGACAAUGAUGUCUACAGAUGGGAUUUCGCUUUUCAACAUGUCGAGACACUAGCUUGUCUUUAAUUCCUCUCAAUCCUGUUUUGCAGUCCCUGCAUUUUCCUACUCAUCAAUAGUCAGAUUGGUAAUGUUGGGCAAUGGUAGUGUUGUCUUUGACAAGUGUUCUUGUGGAGACAUGUACGAUAUUGUCCUGGGGAAUCGAUUAUAAUGUAUCUUAGCAGCUUCUAGAUGGCAAAGUCAUUUCUUAUGGUAUUGAUGAUAUGACUGUUAAAAAGGUUGCUGAAGUAGUGCUGGAGAAGCUUUACUAUUCCUCGAGGGAUGUCUCAAAGUACAAAUGGAGCGAAGCCUAUCAGCACAUUGAUAUGUUAGCUUGUGUACAAUUGGUCUAUGUCUAUUUAGUAUAUGUUGUUAGUGACUUCCUGCUCACUGGAUUUGCCUGCUGUGAAAUAUCAUUGAGAUGUGGAUUUUUCCUA